AUGCCUUCAAUCCAAAAGGUUUCCUUUCUGAGCAACGGAAUCAAAGUCGUGGGAGAGCUGUAUCUUCCCAAUGACUACAAGCCGACCCAAACAUAUCCGGCAGUCGUCAUCGGACAUCCAAUGACUUCUAUCAAAGAGCAGAGCCCGAAGCACUACGCAAAAGCUCUCUGUGAUGCCGGAUUCAUCGCUCUCGCCUACGAUGCUGCGUAUCAAGGCGAAAGUGAUGGGCAACCACGCCUACUCGAGGACCCUGCCCAGCGGUCUGAGGAUGUGAGAGCAGCUGUUACCUUCCUUAGCUUGAGGUCGGAUGUCGAUCCCGGGCGCAUUGGCGCUUUAGGAAUUUGCGCCUCUGGUGGUUACGUUCCGUUCGCGGCUCAAACGGAUCUCCGUAUCAAGGCUGUAGCAACUGUUGCUGCCGUGUGUGCCGGCAAGAUGACACGUGAGGGACUCAUGAAGGGCAUGAUUAGUUCUGAGAUGCUUCUUCAGUCACUUAAGGGAGCUAGCGUGGCUCGGAUCGAAGAGGCCAAAACCGGAAAGGCCCCUGCCUCACCCGCUAUCCCCCCAACUCUUGAUGCCAUCCCAGAUGGGUAUCCCCCCAUCGUUCGAGAAUUCGUGGAGUACUAUCGGACGCCUCGUGCUCAGCAUGUCCGAGCGCCCAACCAGGUCGCUGAUAGAAGCGCUGAUCUUCUGGCAAAUUUCGAUUCAUACGCUUUCAACUACAUGAUCUCCCCUCGACCUCUGUUGAUGAUCGCUGGCAGUGAGGCUGCCACCCUGUGGUUCAGCGAAGAUGCAAUCGAAAAAGCCAAGGAGCCUAAGGAGUUGUACAUUAUCAAGAACCAAAACCACGCUGGUCUUUAUGAUGAUGUUUCUGAGUCUGGCCCUAAAUUGGUUGAUUUCUUCGCUAAAAACCUGUGA